CUGCAGCUGCACUGAACGCAAAACGCGCCUGCAGUAUCCGCAUUCCAACAACCCUCACCCUGUCACUCAUCAUUCCCUCCUCGAGAGUCCCUCCUUUCCGUAAUGACCUGACGAUGCAAACCACGACCCUCACGAUUACCGAAUAUCUCCUCGCCCCUCUUUCCUCCCUCGGCUGCUUGCCGUCAACAUAACCAUCCGCAGCCAAGAUGCAGGCCGUGCCCAGUCUCGUGGGAACCGGCACUGCUGCCGCCGCCGCCGCUGUUGGCCUAGUCUUUGGCCAACCCUCUGAACCCGACUUGCCGUGGGCCAGUCCCAUCCAACCCAUAUUUCCUCCCGACUACGACGGUUUCCGAGCCCAGCCGGUCCCUCCCCGUCCCAGCACAAGCGCCGUUCCCAACUACCACCCAAACCCGUCGCCCGUGGAGGAUUUCCCCUACGCCUCUUUCCGUCAGCUCGCCGAUGGCCCCCCCAGUCCUCUUGCCUCGUACCCGACUGCCUCGGCGAAUGUCCCGCGCCCGCUGACAGGCGUUUCGGUGUCGUCCCCGAAAGGCAAUGGAAGAAGGCAUAGCUUUAUACGGCAAUCUGACGUGGCGUUCCAGCCAAUUGCCGAGAAUGUCCGAGAUUCAGUGUCAUCUAGGGACUCUUGGAUACGGCGGCUAUCUCUCCGGCCUUUGUCUCAGCAUGGGAGUCGAAGAUCGAGCAUGGGGCCUGAUUCGGGGUCCAUGACCUUCUCUCACGGGUCUGGCGUCCCAAUGCUUGGGCAGCCACCUGUGCUCCCUUCCUCUCCCAACAAGCUUGUCAAGAGGACAACCUCGGGCCACAACUCGGGACUGGGGGGGCUGCCUCGGCGAGGCUCCAAAUCACAGGUGUUGACACUCCGGAGACCUGCAACGAGUCAUCAACGUUCCGCGACACUGCAACAGUUUCAACAUGCAAGCGCUGUCGGAGAGCCUCUCUCGCCGGGUGUCUUACCUCCUUUGGACAACGCCAAUCUCUCGCCGACUUCCCCGACAUUCCCGCCUUUGACGAACCCCAGUCGGUCUGCUAGAAAGUGGGCCUCAUUUUUCCAUGCCCGCCGCUCGAUUUCAUCAAGACGAGAUUCCUCUGGGUUUCCUCCAGGAAGCAGCCCACAUCACGGCAUAUUUCCGCGGAAGAGGAUGUUGUUAGGCCCGGCCCGUGUUGCCCGUGCCUACCUUAUCAAGCCAGAGGACAUUACGGAGAUUCCCGCCCCCUUAGAUGACGGCGGGACUGCGCAGGACCAGCCUACACUCGACGAGAAGCGAGAGGGUUCUCAACCCGCCAGCGAACAGACUCCUUCGACUGACUCGACGCCCGACAAUCGAGCACGGAGGUCCAUGUCGAUGCAUUUGAGCUCUGCCAGCCAGUGGAUUACGAGGACCGGGAGUGUCCGGCGCCCGAGACGGAGCACCAUCGACGCCAAGGGCGUCGGCGGCCGGCUUUCGUCGGACCCUGUGGCUGUGCCGCGCGACCAAGCGUACCCCCUGGCCAAAUCGAGUCGCGAAGGAGUCUAUCCGCCACCGGAUGGUCAACAGCAACCGCAGCAAUCAGCGGAUUCCGAACCGAUACCCGCUGACCUUCCGCGGACUCGCAAACGAAAUUCUUCGUCUCCGCUGCCUCCCUCGAACGGCCUGUCCACUUUCAACAUCGAUGUUACGCGCGUAGGGCUUGCGACGUCGUCCAUGGCGGUCCCUCCAAAGGCUUUUCAUGCUCCCGUCAACUACUCGCAAGCGUCGUCCACAACUACGCACAGCCGGGGACCAUCGGGCGAGCGGUCCGUGACCCUUGCCGGCUCCGAUAUCGAGAUUCGUGAUGGCAUUUUCGGCGACGAAGAAGAUACCGACUUCAAGAGCGACGGCAUGUAUGACUCUUUCCGGACAGGCGCGUCAUCGGCUCGAGUGAGAUCUGUCGAGACGCCACUGGAGUCUAUGUUCGAUGAUUCCCCACCGAGCACUGCAGGCAACAGCAGGACGAAGCGGUUAUCGAUCCAGGAAAUGCUGGGGCGCUCGUGGGACGGAGAUACGAAAAUCACCGAGGAGGACGAAGGCGUUCCCACGCCUAUCAGGAGCGUGCACUUGGCUGAAGUAGCCGAGCUCGUUCCUUCAACUCAGGAAGAGAACGGCUUCGGGUUUCACUCGCCGCAGAAGCUGGCCUUGGUUAAUCCUGACUUUGACCGAUUAUCAUUUGACGACGAUGACGAUGACGAUGAUUGGGCACGAGACGAUGAGGACACUCUUAGCAAUCAUCUUUCGCCGCCGAGCUCGACCAACUCCCGGCGCGUCAGCCCCACCCUGCGACAUGCCCUGAAGAAUAUCAGUGGCAAUGCCGGCCCUGGUCCGCAACGAGAAAGCCAGGGCGAUCGGCCACGGAGCAACAUAUUCGACUGGUCCGAGCCUCUGGCUCAUGACAGGUACGACGCAGAUUUGCCACGCCCGAAGACGGUGCACGGGAAGCAAGAGCUGGACUUGAGAGGAGGGCGUUCUAUUAUCCGGAAGCCGCCCUGCGCGGCCCACGUACGGAGUCAGAGUGUCCCGGUCGUGCCCGAUCCCGCAGAUGGCUCGAAGCCGACGCCGAAAUUCGGAACUUGGGGUUUAGGAACGAAAACUGCCAGCGAGGACUGGGACGAUGACUUCGAAUUUGAGGGGGAUGAGGCUUUUGUCUGCCAGGCGGGAGGCAAGGACUCGGCGACUAGCUUCUCAAUGGUCGUCCCAGCCUCUAUCCAGGCGACGCAGCCGAGCGUGAGGGCGCAUUCUGGCCAGAUCCGAGAGCUAUCCCUUCUGGUCAAUGAUCUGAAGCGGUUAUGUCGCCACGGUAAAGACCUAGACAUCCUCAAAGGCCCGAUGGCGGCGAAGUGGGCAGAGGCGGAGAGUAUCAUCGCUCUGGCAUCGCCUGACGAGGACGAGCCCGAAGAGGUGGCAUCGACCAAGCCGUCGCAGGAUUUCGAUCGGUCUUUGAUUGAUGACCGGUUCCUGGAAGAAGGUUUUGAUGGCCCUCUCCUCGACCAAGCGGACAUCCCUCUGGGGAUUCCAGAACCUGAAAUGUCCAGGACGGCGGUGGUGCGGGAGCGGCACAGCCCUCGGCGGAGGUCCGUCUUCUCACCUGAAGACGACAUCUUCGGCAACUGGCCGUUGGUCGAAGGAAGCGCGACUCCCGCAAGGCCGCGUACGCCCAGCAGGUGCUCGAGCCCCAGCAGAAACUCUGCCAUCAUCUCCACAGUGAUCGAGGCCAUGAAACAGCAGCACAAAACCGCCUCGGACCGCGUAAGGGGCCCUCCGGCCAAGACGCCCGAGGCGAAGCUCUUCUUCGACACCAACAGCCUCCACGAAUUGGUCAAACGAGCCGGAAAGCUGCGAGACUCACUCUCGGACGCCGUCCGCCGGGCCGAGCUGCUCAUCCAGAGCCCCGCCGGCACCCCCCGGCGCGAACGGCACGCGCGCCACCAAAACCCGGACGGCAGCCCCGCGUUUACCCGCGUGUUCGUCGAUCCGGGCUCAAGCCCGCCGCGACUCCUCGCCAACAGCCACAGCACCCCUUCGAUAUUGAGCAGGGCGUCGGUCGAAUCGUCGAGGAUGCAGAUGAUGACUGUCAGCUAGAACGCCGUAUCCGGCAUGGAGCGCAACCGGCUUUCUUCACGAUGAGAGCUCUCUUAAUCACUUACCCCUUCAGCGAGCCGCGUUCAGCCCAAGCGCCUCGCCACUUUCCCCCCGGUUUUCUUGGCGAAAUAUGCGCCGAGAAACGACCCGAACUGUAUAUGUACAGAUAUUUGCCUGUCCUGCAGAUGACCCGAAUUGCGUCAUUGAUGGGCCUUGCAUGGGCAAGCUUUCAGAUAUCACAGCGGCAGGCGAAAAGGCAACGGGAGCGAGGCACGGCCUGGCGUUCUAGUUUACCUUUUUUUUUUUUUCUU